AUGCCGCAUCAAGUUUGCCUCUAUGUGAAUCCACGAAUCCAUGCUCGAUACGAAAUUGUGCACCAAACUAUAACUAAUUCAUCAUACAUCAAUAGUGGGCAUACUGUUGUUGCCCUAAUCACCAUGAUGAUCAUGAUGAUGAUGGCGAUGAUGAUAGUGGCUGGUGAUGGUGGUGGUGGAGUCAUCGCGAGCUGGCUGGUUGAUGACGAUGCGGUUGCUGCUGCUACUGCUGCUAAUGAUGAUGAUGAUGAUGAUGAUGAUGAUGAUGAUGAUGAUGAUGAUGAGGUGGGCAGCCGAAGGUAA